CCUUUCGCGAUAUCGAAGAACUCGACGAACUGUAAUUCCCUAAUUUCUUGGAUUUCUUAUCUUGCUGUUUUAUACGGAUAACCCGUAUCUGGGUUUGUGUUGUUUUCUUGAAUAGAAAAUUUUGAAUUAGGUUUGCUGUGAUUGCGGUAAUUGAGGGGUAGUUCGGAGAUAUGACGACUGCAGCUCGACCCACAUGGGCACCUGCAAAAGGUGGUAAUGAACAAGGUGGUACUCGAAUUUUUGGUCCUUCUCAGAAGUACUCGUCCAGGGAUCUUGCAUCUCAUACGGCCCUAAAGCCUAGAAAGGAAGGGCAAGAUACACAGGAGGAAUUGCAGAAGAGGAAUCUUCGUGAGGAGCUGGAAGAUCGAGAAAGGAGGCAUUUUUCAUCGAAGGAUAAGUCUUAUAAUGAUGAUAGAGACCGUAGAAAGAGUAAUCAACUUCUCUUGGAAGGGACAAGGAGGGACGCCGAAGACCGCAUCGUUCCGCGUAGUGUGGAUGCUGAUGAUUCUGAUGUGGAAGUUAACAAUGAUGAUGAGAGUGAUGAUGAUGAUGAUGAUGAUGACGAUGAUGAGGAUGACACAGAAGCUCUUAUGGCUGAGCUUGAAAGAAUAAAGAAGGAAAGAGCAGAGGAGCAGUUGCGGCAGGAACAACAACGGGCAGCUGAAGAGCUAAAAGCCAAGGAAGAGCAGCUUCUCCGAGGAAAUCCACUACUUAAUAAUCCAACAUCUUUUAAUGUGAAAAGGAGGUGGGAUGAUGAUGUGGUCUUUAAGAACCAGGCUCGAGGUGAAACCAAAACUCCUAAGCGCUUCAUCAAUGACACUAUCCGGAAUGACUUCCACCGAAAAUUCCUGCAGAAAUACAUGAAAUAGUUUGGUUGAUCUUUAAAAAAGUCACCAGGAAGUUGAAAGAUAAUUCUGGAUCUGAAUCAUUGCAUGUAUCUAAGAGUAACAAUCAUCUCUGCUGGUUUUAAUUUGAUGUACUGUUUACCAGAAAAUUUGAGAUUACGAUUUUUAUGCUAAUUUCUAUGUACGCUUGUCCAAUACAUAGACAGAUGUGAGCAACUCUUAUUGAAACUUACAUUGUUCGUUCCAUUAAAUGAUUGAUAUCCUCAAAACGUCGGUUUCUCUUGCUUCUUUA